GAUGGCUGUCAGGUGGUGUGCGCUGGGAGGCGGCUCUAGGACCGCAGCGCUGCCUGUGCUGUCAGGGUGGAUGCAGAAGAAAGGAGGAGGAGAGCCUGUGACCCGGGAGGAGGAUAGGGCGAGGAGAGAGCAAUGCUAAAUCAAGGGUACAGUUAGGAGGCACAGACACCCGAGGAAGGGGAUUGGAAGGAGGUGUGUAUGUGACAUACAGACAAGGGACUCUGACGAGUGAUCGGCCUCAUUCUCCUCUCCAGGUAUCACUCAGCAGGUCGCCCCAAUGAACAUGUCAGUGUUGACUCUCCAAGAAUAUGAAUUCGAGAAGCAAUUUAACGAGAAUGAUGCGAUCCAGUGGAUGCAGGAGAACUGGAAGAAAUCAUUUCUAUUUUCUGCAUUGUAUGCUGCCUUUAUAUUUGGUGGUCGGCACCUAAUGAAGCAACGGGAAAAGUUUGAGCUAAGAAAACCACUAGUUCUAUGGUCUCUCAGCCUUGCAGUGUUCAGUAUAUUUGGUGCUGUUCGGACUGGUGCUUACAUGGUAUACAUUUUGAUGACCAAAGGCCUCAAGCAGUCAGUUUGUGACCAGAGCUUUUAUUAUGGGCCAGUCAGCAAAUUCUGGGCAUAUGCAUUUGUGCUCAGCAAAGCACCAGAGCUGGGGGACACCAUGUUUAUCAUCCUUAGGAAACAGAAGCUCAUCUUCCUUCACUGGUACCACCACAUAACAGUAUUGCUCUAUUCCUGGUAUUCUUACAAGGACAUGGUGGCCGGCGGUGGCUGGUUUAUGACCAUGAACUAUGGAGUACACGCGGUUAUGUAUUCUUACUAUGCCUUGCGAGCCGCUGGCUUUAGAGUGUCGCGAAAGUUUGCCAUGAUGAUCACAUUAUCCCAGAUCACUCAGAUGCUUAUCGGGUGUGUGGUGAAUUACCUGGUCUUCUCUUGGAUGCAACAAGGACAGUGUCCAUCCCACGUACAUAAUAUUGUCUGGUCCUCCGUCAUGUACCUCAGCUACUUUGUGCUUUUCUGCCGCUUCUUCUUCGAAGCCUAUAUCACCAAAACAAGGAAAGCUGCCAAGGCUGACUAAUGGUGAAAUCCAAUGCCAAGUCAUAGCUCAGGGUCAUCAAAUGUUAAGUGAAGAUGAAUACAAACAAAACAGGAUUGGGAACAAGCAAAUAUUUUAAAGGCACAAAGAAAAACAUAUCUCAAGCACUUAGAUCCUAGAGACAAAUACAGUGAAUUUGUAAUAGUUUAUUUAAUUAUUGUCUUAAAACGUGAAGCUGAUCAGUGCACUAAGCACUCCGAGUAUGUAGAGGAAAUGGACACUGAGAAAAACUGGUCUGUAGCAUCUGCCUGACUUAGAAAGUCCUUCGGGAGAAAGGCUAUUGCUAUGUUUUUCAGUACAAACUCUGGUGUUUUUACUACUGCCCAUAAUGUGUAACCGACCUUACAGGAGGUGUCUAUUUCAAGAAUGAGACGACAUGUACACAGGAAUAUAAAAUCAUUCUUCUGACUAAGGGUUAUAAUGUUUUGCCUUCAGAGUUAGAAAAAGUGUAAAGGAUGCUAUGUAAGGCAUGUGGUUCCUUUCAAUAUGCAAAUCAAACCAUCUGCCCAAGCUGGUUACUACAGUAUUAAUUCCAGACUGUAAUAGUUUAACAUAUCUUAUAUCUGGUGUGUCUCACAGUGGACUUGUGCAUUUGGACAAACCACAUAUGAAAGCCUCAUCACCUGCUGUGGAACUACCUGCUAGAAACAAUGGAAGGAGGAGAAGCU